AUGGAGCUGAACAUAGAGCUGAACAUAGAGCUGAGCAUAGAGCUGAACAUAGAGCUGAACAUAGAGCCGGACAUAGAGCUGAACAUAGAGCUGAACAUAGAGCUGAGCAUAGAGCUGAACAUAGAGCUGGACAUAGAGCUGAACAUAGAGCUGAACAUAGAGCUGGACAUAGAGCUGAACAUAGAGCUGAACAUAGAGCUGGGACAUAGAGCUGAACAUAGAGCUGAACAUAGAGCUGAACAUAGAGCUGGACAUAGAGCACAAACCUAA